UCGACGAAGUUUUUAAUGUGAAGUAGCCUCGGAACGAGUUAGCUAUUUCCGAACACCCCGAAGAAGAUGGCGUCUGACACAUCCUUUUGGAUUAAGUUUUUCACGGAGUGCGGUAUACCAGCUGGGGAGGCCACUAACUAUGCCAUCAUCUUCACUGACAACAGGAUUCAGAAAGACAUGUUGAUAGACCUCACUAAGGAGUACCUCAAAGAUAUGGGAAUCACGGUACUGGGCGACGUCAUUGGCAUCCUAAAACAUGCAAAGGAAGUCCAUUCGCAGAAUGCACGUGACAAGGUACUAAAGGGAACUGGAGUAGGGAGAACUUCUUCACCCAUUCCUAAACGCUCAACAGCUGCAAGUAGAACAGUGAACCACUAUCUUGGUAAAGACCCAGAUGCUGCUCCAAUGAGUCAACCAAUAGUACCAAAGCUGUCCAAGGAGCUGUCCGCCAGACUAGGUGAAGUACCCGAAUCAGAAUCUCCCAAACCCAGCAAUAAUGUUGUAAAAUUAAAUAAACGUCUAGAAGAAGAAGUUCCCGUCCCCAAGUCUCGACGUGUUUUACCUGAACACGAGGGCAGGUAUAAAAUUACCAUGCCAGCUGGAACUACAGCAAAAACUCAGAAAAUUUUACAACAGGGUAUCCCCACAGGAAGAAGAAAUCCUAAUGUUUUUGACAGACUUGGAGAAGAAUCUCCCAAAUCUGCUGGUGCUGCUAAAUCAUCCACAGUGAUCAUAUCCUCUGUAUUCAAUCGACUUGGUGGAAAGUCAGCAGUGAAACGUCCGGCAACAUCAACAUCAGCCGAGUUAGACUCGGAUCCUGAUGAACCUCCCCUGGAGUACGCGGGGAUCCUCAAGGCCACUCCAUCACCGACCAAAAAGACCAAGGUCACUAUCACAAACAAUAAGAAGUACGCUUCACUGGGCAAGAUUACUAUCUCCAAUAAGACUGUGACAAAUGCAGCUGGAAAAACUGUACAAAAGACGGUCACAACCAAAAAACUGCUACUGACUAAAAAGCCAGUGACCCCCAGUCCACUCUCCUCCUCAGCAGCUAUGGAUAAGGCGGGGGGAGGUACAAGUGUCAGACACAGACUCGGGAAGAAGGUGGGUCUCCCAGUGGUGUCCAGUACCACCGACAUCGAGGACACCCCAAAACUUAAGACAGCAGGGGUAACAAUAAGACUGGGUGCCCAGAAAUCUGAUGUCAGUUCUAGUAGUGGUGUGUUCAGCAGGCUGGGAAAGGCUGUCUAACUCCAAGAGAUUCUACACAGGGAUUGUACUAGGUAUACACAACAGACAGCAGUUUAACAGACUACAGCAUGGAGAACUAUAAUUGAAUACCAUGGAGUAUUCAAGCAUCCCAAAUAUACAUGUACCGGUACGUGUAAUCGUGUAUAUUUAAAUAGAGUUCUUAUCAUGGGCAUUAUCCUUAGAAAGGCAGUGCUAUAUAACCUUUGGUGUAAGUGAGCAGUAGGAUGACAUGGAGGGAAAGGCUGUGUUAUUUUACUAAUAUGUUCAUCUUGACAUGGGAUUUAGGAUAUCCCCAUAAACAUUUUAUGUUGCAUUAUGUUUUGAACAUUGUACAUUACUGUAUAUUUUGUACUUUUCUUUUAAGAAAGUCAUUAUGUGACUUUUUAUUAUGUCAGUCAGCUUCAGUCAAACUGGGAGAAUAAUUUAACUUGACAAAACACAGCCAUAUUAGAUAAAAAAAAUAUUUAGCAAGUCAUUUAUAAUCUCCCUAUUCUCCACACCUUAUCAGUAUUUUACAGUGUCUAUCUGAAAUCUACUGUUUAGAGCUAAUCAAGUUCCUUUCUAUAAAGUUAAAAACUAACAAGAUGAAAGUUAUUGUGAAUAUAAAGGACUUACAUGCAAUUAUGAAAUUGUAAAAAAAAAAAAAAGAAAAAAAAAGAAAGAAAAUUGUUUCACACUUACAUCAUUGCAAAUUUUGAAUUGCUGCAAAUGUCAAUACAAAUUAUAUCGUAGAUGUUGCAGUGUGACUAAUGAUUGUAUAUAUACAUGUAAUUAUAAUUAUUACAGGUACAUAUUCUUACUGUUAAAUGUAUUUAUAGAGCAGUUGUGUUGUGUUGAAAAAUUUGUUCAUUGAUUUACCAGGAUGAAGUCCAUUUAGACUUGUAAGUAGCUGAAGGGUUGUCAUUAGGCGAAUAAUGUAAUUGUUAUCAGUGUGAACAGGUUUUUUUUGAGAUUCCCCUUUCAUCGUAUAUGAUUCAAAGAGAUUGACUGGUCAACAUAUAAAGUUAUCUCUGAAUAUAUAAUAUCAAAUUCCAGUUGAUAAUGUUAACCCAGACUUUGUAAUUGUCUAUGGAACAGAGUCAAGGAUUUUUUUUUAAAUGGAGAAUGUAUAAAUUCAAAGAAUGCUAGUUGUGUACCUGUAUUUGAUUUUUACAAGAAAACAGACAGUUUUAACUUUAAUUUCCUGUAAAGGUUUUCUUUCGUAGUAUAACUUUAUGUAUGUAAUACAUUGCAAAUUCUUUACAAAAAUUUUCAGCGGCAGACCAAAAAAAAUUUCAUCUAGUAUGGUAAUGAAUCUUCUAGUUUUUCCAUUUACUUAUAAAAGACUUUUAUCACAUACACAUGAACUACCAUGUCAGACAUUUUUCACAUAAAAACUGGAGGAACAAGAGGUACAUAUACAUGUCAUUGAUUAUUAGAGAUGAAUGGAGGGUUAAAUUACCUAGCAGUAGAUCAGUAUUCUGUAGCUCACUGGUCAGAAAAUCAGCGGUUUUCUUUCUCAAUAUUGUCAGACCAGUCAGAUACAGGUCUCAUGAUAAGAUUCUGGAGCCACCUCAUUGUUCAAGUUGUCUUUCCUUUAAAUCCUUUCAUUAGUACAUGUACUUUACAACUGUAAACUUAAAUGUGAUAAAUACUUUUAAGGUUGUCCAUCCUUCUGCCAGGAACUGUAACUACGUGCAUUGACAGUAUUUAUUUGAAAAAAAGUUCUUAAAUCAUGAUAAAAAUUUAUUUUUGUGUGUGUGCUGUGCAACAGUUUGCAGUCAUAGUAAAGAUCUUGUAAUUAUACUCUAUAUAAAAUACAACAAACUGACACCUUUUUAAAGAAAAUUUAUUUGGCAUGAAAUAAAAUUGGAAGUGAUGGGAUGGCAACCUUUAUUCAACUACAUUUUCAAUGUCUGAUAUAUGGAAAAAUUAAAUGAAGAUGAUAUUAAAUCUUUAUAAUUGCAAUAUUAGUCAUUGGCAUAUUAUAUAGGUAUUUGAAUAGUUUCACUUGAAAUUCAUUUAAUAUUUACUGUAACUUACAUUUUAUACAUGAAAACUUGAUUUUUGCAAAAUUUCAAAAAAGAUUAUAUUAACACGAACAUUAAGUGCUAGUGGAUAUCCAACAAAUAGAAGUAUGAAUUCCAUUGCAAUGAAUAGUGAAAAUUAUGAGUCAUGAAUAAAAACAAUGUUUUUUGUCUCACAAAGUAUUUCAUGGUUGUAAAGUAUGUGAUUUAUGGUAUAUGAAUAGAAUAUGUUAUUAAGUAAUUCAGAAAAUGAAAUGUUUUGUGAUCUUAAAAAUAAACUGAAAACUGAGUUAAA